UGCAGCAGCCUCUCCUCUCCUUCUCUCCUCUCCUCGGCUGGUCGCUCCUGCCUCCCCGCCUGCCUCAGCUCAGCAGCGGUGUGGUCGCUUCGAUCGAGCGCUAACAGAAAAGGAGAAAAAAACCCACUUGGUAUCGAAAGGCCUCCCACCUCUUUCCAAACCCUUCUACAGUCACUGCGGAUACAGGAACAGAAAAAACAACACAAACACAGAGCAGCUUUACGUCGACUUUAAUUCGCUCUUGUUUUAUCCGAACGCUUCGGUAGAAAAGCCAAUCCUCAUAAUGGCGACAGCUGCGGUGUCUGCCCCUGCUGGCUGCGGCCCCAGCCCCGGCCCAGGAACCGAGCUGGUCCGCGGACAGGCCUUCGACGUCGGGCCUCGGUACAGCAACCUCUCCUACAUCGGGGAAGGAGCCUACGGCAUGGUGUGCUCUGCUUACGACCGGGACAACAAGAUCCGCGUGGCCAUCAAAAAGAUCAGCCCCUUCGAGCACCAGACCUACUGCCAGCGCACCCUGAGAGAAAUCAAAAUCCUGCUGCGCUUCAAGCACGAGAACAUCAUCGGAAUCAAUGACAUCAUCCGGGCGCCGACCAUCGAUCAGAUGAAGGACGUAUAUAUCGUCCAGGAUCUCAUGGAGACGGACCUCUACAAGCUCCUGAAGACUCAACACCUGAGCAACGACCACAUCUGCUACUUUCUCUAUCAGAUCCUACGAGGGCUCAAGUACAUCCACUCUGCCAACGUCCUGCACCGGGACCUGAAGCCCUCAAACCUUCUUCUCAACACCACCUGUGAUCUCAAGAUCUGUGACUUUGGUUUGGCUCGCGUGGCUGAUCCUGAUCACGACCACACUGGGUUUCUAACAGAGUAUGUCGCCACACGUUGGUACAGAGCUCCAGAAAUCAUGCUUAACUCCAAGGGCUAUACAAAGUCCAUAGACAUCUGGUCGGUGGGGUGCAUCCUGGCUGAGAUGCUGUCAAAUAGACCAAUCUUCCCUGGAAAGCACUACCUGGAUCAGCUCAACCACAUUUUGGGUAAAUAUUGUUUCUAUAUCCAGAGUCCCAAAAAAAUAUUGUUUCCCUUUUGGGGUGUUCUUACAGUUUUCAAACUGAAAAUAAGACACUAACGGUAGGUUUCAAAG